AUGUUGUCAGAUUUCAAACAACAACAACAAAAGCAUCAUUCGCAACACCCAUCACAUAACCAUGAAGAUUCUCAGACUAAAUUACAAAUUGCCAAAUUGACUCAAGUGAUUCAGAAAUUUUUCACCAAGGCAGCACAAAUCAUUCUAGAAUCAAGAGCGUAUCCUGAAACUUCAACACCUUCAUUGUAUCCAACGAAGGAAGAAUCAAGUAAAAUAAAUAAAUGGUUUAAUCUUUACAUGACCAAUAUACCUGAUCUGUGCCGAGAUGAUUUAAAGCUAUGGAAAGCAGCUGGUCUAACCACUAUUCCACCAAUGAUCAUAGAAACCUACCUUGACUUGAGAAACUUGCCAGCCAAUCAAACUUUGGUUUUAAUAGACGAUGAAAAACAUCCUUGGACGGUGGCAAAAUCACGUGGCAAAAAGCAAGAAGUUGUUUUAGAGAGAUGGUUAAUUGAAUUUGAGCCAAAUACUACAGACGCCACCGUGAUGGUUGAUGAGCUACCUUUGAGCUACAAACAAGCAAUAAUAUUAUUUAGAAGCAUAUACGGGUUUACGAGAUUGAUGCCAGCAUUUAAAGUGAAAAGGAAUUUACAAAACAAGUUGCCCUUGGGAAAUAAAAUAUUAGAUGGUAACCAACCAAUUAGUUCUAAAGGUAGAAUUGGUUUAUCCAAACCUAUCAUCAACACUAGAGCUAAUGAGUCUCAUAUGACACAAAAAUAUUUUCAACCAGUCCACACGAGUCUCGGAACAUUAAAAAUAUCGGUAGCUUAUAGAAUAGAUUCCGAGUUUUGUUUACAUGAAAAUGAAGAGUUGCUACUGACUCAUUUCCAUAAACAUGAUGAAGAAGAAGAAACCAAAAAAAAAGUAUCAUCCUCGGUUUCUCCUCUUUCUUCUGGUACGAGCUUAAAGGAAACAUCAACUUCACCAAGGAAAUCACAACCUCCCAUCCGUAUACAGCCAUUCAAAGUUGGUUCGAUGAGCACAUCGCCACCAGUACAAUCGCCAGCUUUGUCACAGCCAGGAACGGCAACAAUUCAGAAUCAACCAAGUAUGCCAUCGUCUUCAUUGGAAAGAAGAGUAUCGAUUACUAGCAAUAAGUCAACAUCAAAUGCAUCAUUGGCGGCAUUUUUGCGUAAUGCAAGAAGUAGUACUCCGUCUACAAACACCAUUCCCAUAAUGAACGCAAAUCCCAUUUCUGGUACGUCAGUGCCACGGUCUUUUAGUUCAUCUACAGGUCAUGAGGAUUCCAUUUUUGUUAAUCCAGACAGUGCCAGUAAUACUCCUCGAUUUGCGUCGUCUUUUGGUUCACGUGCUAGCAGAAGGUAUAGCAGUACUAGUAUUAGACAGCAAACACCACAAUCUGAUUUAAUGGGUCAUACAAAUAGUGUUGAUGCGGCGUUGAGUGGAAUAGAUGUAGAUGAUGACGACAUAAGUGAUUUUGUCCGUAUGAUUGAUAGUAAAUCAGAUUUGCGAUUAGGUGGUGGUGGUGGUGGGAGUGGUGGACACAGCAGCGUACACAAUAUUGGUGCAAAUGAAUCAUCAUACCAUGGAGAUGCAUUGAAUAAAUUUCAAUCAAUGCGCAGUCAGUAUCAACAGUUGAGUGACAGUGUCAGUGCUAGUUUGAUUUUACAAUCACGUCAUUCCAGUAGGAAAAGUUCAUUAAAUUCACCAGCCGGAUCAUUUGAUCUGCGCCAUCACCAACAACAGCAGAAUCAACAACAGCUUCAAUCGCAACACACUAAUAUAAUAGCAUCUAUUCAUUCUUAUUCUCAUUCUCGGAUAAAGGAUGCAAGACCCAAAAGUGAAGACCAUCAACAAACCAAAUUUUCCUCAGCAAGAAGAAGUUCAAAUAUUUCACCAACUACAGCAGUACCUAGCUCAACUGGGACGCCAUCACUGAUAAAUUCAAGACUUCCCCAAGUAAGUACAAUAAUAUCGUCUAGUGAUGUAAGCAGCACUGGAGGAAAUCGUACAAAAAGUGCUGCCACAACAGCUAUUGUUAGUGGUAUGGCUACCACUCCUUCUAUAUAUGAUUAUCGAUCACCUCGUUACCAGAAUGUUUUUGAUGAUGAAGAAGAAGAUGAUAACGAAGAAGAAGAAGGUCAUCACGAAGGUCAUCAAUCACGCGAGGGCCGUGAUAGUACGGAAAGUAGUCAAAAUCAAUCAAAACGAAUAAUGAAACACACCAAAAAGGAUGAAGAGGAUAGUGAAGAUGACGAAGAUUUAUUAUUUACUAUGAGUGAUAUGAACUCAAGGAAUUUUUGA